AUGAAUGAUCCGCAUUUGUUCCAAGGCAUGUCUUUAGAGUCAAGCUCAUACAUAUUUCAUCAUGUCUUCCUUCCUCCUCGGACCCCACAGGAAGAUGAUCAUAAUUUUGAGCAUGAGCGGUACCUUCUGGACACUGUUAUUGAAGCCCUGAGUAGGUUUCGGAACUUUUUCCCGACCGAACAAUUUGAUAUUUUCAAUCAGAUCAUCACAAUGACCAUUCGUCUGAGAGCUACCUGUGCUCUAGACGGCGAUGGGAGUGAGAUCGAAGUUACUCAGCUCCUGUAUGAUUUGAAAGAUAAAGGUGGUUUCUUACCUAUCUUUGUCCGAGAACAAAAUGCGGGGAUUUUUCUGAGUAAAUACGAUAAUAAGAUUCAAGUGGAGUCCUUUGAACUAUCGCCCCGCAACGAAUCUGUGACGAGCACUGUGGGACGUCUUGUUCGUGGUUUUCCUGGUCCAGCGAUGACAUUGGAUUUGGCAGCUUUCAAUGAGCCAGGCCUACUGGAAACACUCUCCCAGACACUUGUACGCAUGGGCCACCAGCCUGCUGCAGAUACGAAACCCAAAGUAAGCAAGGCCCAACAAGAGCACGACGAGGACAGAGACACCACCCAUCCCAUGAUGGUCACGGAAUUGCUUAUGUCGACACUUCGUCCACUAUCUGCGGAUGCCAAAGCCACUCAAAUCCGGAAGAAUACUCGCGAAGAAGUCAUGUGGCGUGACAGUCGAUCGCCCUGGAGACGAUCCGCGUUAUGGCUCUUGGUGAGGGUAACCCUCCAACUGCUUUUCCGCAGGUUAUCCGAUGAGGCUAGGUUGGAUGAUCUAUACAAACAGUUCAUGGUUUUCUUCAUGAGCUUUGUUGUAGAUAAGGCUUCGGUCGGCCUGUCCAGCGAGGCAAUCUACUGCAUGAAUGCUAAGAUUGUUCGUCGACUGUUAAAACUCAACUUGUCAGGAGAGCCGCCCUGGUUUUCUCCCGUUCGAGAUAUCUUGAAGCGGUCUUAUGAGCAAAUCCAAGGCAGAUGGACAGAGAUCAGGAGGAAGAACUCUCGUAGCAUCGACACAUCUUCCCUUUCGACAUUAGACUUUCGUCAUGACAUCCAGUGUGCGAUCCCUGAUCUUGAUCUGUACCUGAAAGGAAUCGGGCGACGAGGCCAUGAUGAUACACUGAGAGAAAUGUUCAAUCCAGCAUCUCAGCUUCCCAAAUAUAAAUGCAACAAACUGCCAGAUUGUUUGGAAUUUCCCGAGGGCGACUAUCAGCGAUACAACCUUGCCGCCUUCGAGGAUUGGGUCGCUGUUCAUCUCAAUGGAUGGAUAGAGGAUCAUAUGAGAGACCAGGCAUCCUGCAGUCAGCUGGGCCGGUUGAUGAUGCGAUAUCAUGAAGCGGCAUCCUCGUCAUACGUUCAAAAUCCUGAAGCUAUAUCAGUCAUGCUUCUUACUCUUCUCGAGCUGUGGAUUGCAUGCGACAAAUCCGCCAUCCAAUGUCAUCAUGAGUUGGGGAAGUACGACGCUUGCAUACCUGUGGAUUGUUUUCAAUCACUUUUGCUACCAUUCAAAUCACAGAUGACGAGGCUAGCUCAGGCAGAAUCAUAUCUGAGUCAACGACAACGCAAUCAUAGAUAUCAUGGGUCCGGAAUCUUUCACGACUACGGUACUCGGAACUGCUUUUCCGUCCGGUAUUUUGACCAGUCUGACGAACACCAAAGACUACUUAAAACCAUUGAAGAUCACGCAACCCAGAGGAGAACAGAGAAAAAGGCGGAGCUGCAAGAGAAACAGCAAAGGUACAGGCAUCUCAUGAACUUGGCGUCUCAAACAGUGUGCCAGCAAGAGGAAGUGAUUCUGGAUGCGAGAUCCGGAUUCCGAGAGUCUCGUCAUAGCCAUUCCUGUCCUUGUCGUCGAUACAAAAGGGAGGCAAAAUCAAUUGAAAUCAGUGUUCACGAGUGGCCAUUGCCGACUGCCCAGCGACAAGCCAAGUCCACUGUGUUCGAACUCCAGGUACCCAAGCCAUUUGGGAGCUGGCGAGACACAACUUUGUUUUUUCUGUACAACUGUCUGGGGGUUCAAUAUGUGAAAACAUCGAGUCCACGAGCAGAGCAUCGCCUGCAGACAUAUUCAGGCCUCUCAUCAUUCUUCACCUCCCAUGGCCAGCAUUCGCGAAUUGGUCUUCUCUCGCAGAACAAGCCCCACAAACGAACUCACCGGCGGGACAGGUUGAUAGUCAAUGUGACCGAGACAGACAUUUGUCUAAAUAAUGGUCUAAGCUUUCAAUACUACGAUGAUACCGUUCAAUGCUAUGUGAGCGCGUUUGAAAGGACCCUUCGAACCGCAAGGUCCUGCGUGUAUACCCUGCCGCAACAAAGCUCCGCGCUUCAGCAAUUCAUCUUCCGACCUGCCCAAGAGCCACAUGGCCCUGCACCAAAUGAAGUGAUAGCAACACAAUCUGCUGCACCUGCAAACAUUUCGAUGGAAGAAUACAAAGCACUUGCAUCAAUGCCCCUUGGGCUGGAGAUACAGUGGCAAAAUAUUCUCGUGGAGUUAGCUGCGCCAUCAGUGGAUAUAAAGAAGGUCGAAACAGCAAUCUUCGUCUUCCAAAUAAUCAACCAGACAGGCCCGUCGGAGCCGACGACGUGCUUACGACAAGGCCAUGCGAUCCUGGGCGACCGGGCGUUUGUGGUUGCAAUGCUGUCUCGUGUCAAGGAAGUGAUCGAAAGAAUCAAGGAGAACUGGGAAAUGAUCCAUGCGCUGAAUAUUCUUGCUCGACUUGUUCUGAGGAUUCUAUCCCUGUCGCCUGUGCAAGAAAUCCAUGAUGUCUGCCUUCAUUGCCUGACAACAGUACGCCAGGUGGCUUUUCAUUGGGUCAAUACCGUUAGAAGAAAGGCGAGUGAGACGGUCGACGACGCACAAAAGACCAGACUGAUUGAGAGAAGUGUGCACAUUGCAUUGAUUUGUGUGGAGACCUUCGACGCAGAGGACCUUGCCCAAGUGUUUGCAACUUCAUCGGAUAUUUCGGUCUUUCUUCAGUGCGGUACGGUUAUCUGGAAUGGGCGGCGCUCUGUUUCCACCGAAGUAGGCUCAUUGGUUCCUAUUCUUUACUACCGAUGGCAAGUUCUGAGUUAUCGAAGCCACUCAUUCCUAGGGGAGCUUAUUGUUCGACAUAAGAAUCCAGGGAUGGACUUGGCGAUCCACGAAGCGUGGGCCGCAUACCGCGAGGUAUCAGUGUGGUCAGAAGAGCCCAAUGUGAGGUAUUGGCUAUUCACAAAACUCGACAGUCAGUCGACAGCUGGUGCACAUACGUUCGUGCAUUACAAUCUGUUGACCGGAGAAUUGCUCGUGAACGGACUCCCACUCACACGCCUGCCUUCGGAAUAUGAAUCCUACGGAGCAUACCGAAGACUCUUUGGGAAAUCGCAACUAGAUGUGAUGCCGAGCAGCUCACCUGGAAUGCAAUUUUCAUGUCAAACCAAAUAUCGGGAUCACACAGUGCACCUGGGGAAAGGGAUUGUUCCUGGGUCCAAGGAGUAUGACCUGUCGGUCCAGGCGGUGAGAGACGGUCGAGUAUGGGAAUACGUCCCGAGCAGGCUUCUGGCUAGGAUUUUCCCGGACGCCUUUGUUACAAGUUAUGUACACUGGUACGAUGUGGAGGGUGACUAUGUGGAGUUCAGGUCCGCCGAAAAGCCUUGGUCUUCGGACGGUCAACAUUGGCGAUUAACGAGAGCCAACUCUCACAUUGGCUGGCGCCUUGAGAAAGAUGGAACUUUCUUACUCAGUGCCGCUAGCCAGACGGCGAGCGUGAUAUCCAACAUCUUCCAGCCAGUCGAAAAACCUCUGAAAAUCCAUUUGAUGCUCCAUGAUGCCUCGUCGGUCCUGUGGAUCAAAUUACCGCGCCUGUGUUUAGAAUUCUCUCUCCAACCUCGGUCCUCUUCAAUCCGAUCUCGGCAAUAUCUCGGUAUGUCAGUUGACAAUGAUCAGUCGCUUGAUUCAUUGAUCGGCCAAAGCAGUAAGAUCAUUCUGGCAGGUCUCACCUCGCUCAACCGCCUAGUUCUCAUACCUGAAGGGCGAGUCUCUUAUGCAAAAGCCCAGGACCAUGUUUGCGUGGAGGUCGAUUGGCAAUCCAAGACUACACUCCACGCAUACCCGAUCGACGAGCAACUGGGUCGGCUUGCAGACAAUGGUACAUUGCAGAGCAAGUUGUUUCUGUGCUACUUGCACGCUCUCACAUCAUCUUGUUUGCCCGAUCCGCUCACCAAGAAAACCGGGACCGAGCAGGCGCUCUUCAUUCUCCGCUCUGCGUCUGUCAGGUCGUUUGAUCGACUUCAGCCCGAACAGAUAGCGCUCUUGUCAAAUAUCGCGUCCCUUUCCCCUGCAAGAGCGUAUUAUCCUGCGAAUGAACGAGUGAUGCAGAGCGUUUGUUGGCGGGAUGGUCUCGGCAGCCUGUCCCAGCACCAGGGCUUUCGAGAAGAGGUCAAUGCCAUUUUUGAUCAAGAUCGCCGUACAAGCUUUUUCUACCCAGGUGCCAAGCUUGAUUAUCCCCUCCUCCCGCACGUGGAGCCGGAGCUCCUGUUGCGCGAUCGAAUCCGCACAUCAUCAUUCCGGGUCUCCGGUUUUGGUGCCGAAGAUCACACGGACAAGUAUGAUCAUCUUUACGAAGGCCUCGAUGCCAGUCGCAUCACUCCUGCUGGCAUUCGCAGCUUCGCAAUAUGCAAGAUGCUCUACGACGGGAUCCCACGAAUCCAGUCACAGGUCGCAGAAAAACUGACCUCUCAACUCUGGCGGGUUCUCUCGUCUCCUAGCAGAGUGUACGGUCCGAGUACUCACCUUGAUAUAAAAAGGCUACGAUACGAUUCCGAAUGGAUUAUGGGCUCAACGGAGUUCAUUGCCAGUUACUGGUGCUGCAUACACCAGCUUGUGUGCUCCCGCCGCGACGGUCUCAAUAAAUUCCAACUUAUGGCCUGGCUCUCAACUAUCGCUUUUUCAGGCAAAACCGAAAUGGUGGUGCUGGAAAUCAUUGCUUUUCUCUUUCUUGUGCCAGAAGCCGCUUUCAUCUCUCCGCCCGCGCGUGAGCUUUUUUUGCCAUCAGAGGGGUAUGAGAUGGAUGGAAAAGAGGCUCUCAGCUAUAUCAAAAAAGCAGAGUUUGAUCACACUCCGGAAUCGAACCUUGUUCCCGUAAUGAAUGAGACAUAUCCAGACUUUACCCUCCGUCGGAAAACGCUUCAGCAAAAGAAUCGGUCACUGGUCUGCGAAAGGAUGUUACUUCAUUUCGCCAGCGAAUGGCCCACCAGAUCACCCUCAUAUCCCACCGCCCAAGGGUCCCCGAGAAUCUGUGACUACUUGGACUUGCGUCAAACCUUGAGUCAAUUUUCGAAGGGUUUCAAUAUCUGGAUGGAUAAUGAAGAGUUGAGACAAUGGAUUACCGGACUCGCAACUUUGUUCUGCAAUCAGCGAAGUCAGGAUGUCAAAUUCCCCCCGUAUCAUCCGCCUUCUGGUGCACUCCAUACAAUUUCCCAUUGCGGGUUUGUGUGCUUCGAUAAUUGCCUUCAAUUUCUACCAGAUCUUGAUAACGACGAACCAGGCUUACCGGGCUUUCAUCUCACAUCUUCACUCAUGGCCGAAUGCCCUCCUGACUUAGCCAAACUGGUCGACUCUUUAGCCAUGAUAGCGACGUCCAAAUAUGAAAAAUGGUACGUUGCGCAACUGCAGAGUAGUGUCGCCUCCAUGAAAGGUGUGCAACAAAGUGGCCGGUUGGAAUUGAGCCCAGACGCAUGCAAAAAGGUGAUUUUGGACUAUCUUGUCUCAUGCGAGGACUAUGCCCACCGGAUUCAUUCUUCUCUCAUGUCUCAACUAACCCUCUCCGCUCGACGGACUCAUUCGGCGGACUCGAGGGAUCUGUUUCGUGCGCAGGUGGUCGCCUUGGCUUUCGAACUUCAACAAUGCCCCAGAUUGUCCCCUCUCCUCCUACUCGCACAGCUAUCACGUCACCGAUGGAAAUGCUUGGACGCUGGUUGGAAAAGAUGUUUCGUUCGUUACGGAUGUUCUAUUACAACGCUUCAGCGGGCAAGUCGCCUCGCUAGAACUAUCGACACACGGGAUGAAUUUCUGAAGGAGCUUCAAUCACCAGGUCAUACCAACUGGGACCCUUACGAAUUUCCAGAGACUCUGUUAAUGGAGAUUGAGAACGGAAUUCUCGUUCGGGACGUCCAGGAAAGUAUUGCACGAAGGAUGAGAAAUUUCCCCCGGGGAGAGAACGCGGUCAUGCAGUUGAAUAUGGGUGAAGGCAAAUCCUCGGUAGUCGUUCCUAUCGUGGUGACGGCCUAUGCGAAUGGGUCGAAUCUGGCACGGGUGCUUGUGGCUAAACCACAAUCACGACAGAUGUUUCAAAUGUUAGUCGCAAAGCUAGGCGGCCUCUUGGGUCGGCGUGUUUAUCACAUGCCCGUUUCGCGCUCGUUGAAAUUGGGCGAAGCCCAAGCAGAUGAGAUUCAGCGCAUGUGCGCUGAGUGCAUAUCCCUCGGCGGGGUGUUACUUGUUCAGCCCGAACACAUUCUCUCCUUGAAGCUGAUGUGCCUUGAGUGUUUUAUUGUUGGCAAAACCGCCGUAGGCCGUUCUCUUUUUCAAAUCCUGCAACUUUUCCACGAAUCUUCGCGUGACAUCGUGGACGAGAGUGAUGAGAAUUUCAACGUCAAGUUCGAGCUGAUAUACACCAUGGGCGCUCAACGCCCGGUCGAACUGGGCCCGCAACGAUGGAUGGUGAUCCAAGAGGCUCUGUAUUUGGUGAGGCAAUAUGCUACGCAUGUGAAGGCUCAGUUCCCUCAUUCUAUCGAAGUCAGUGAACACCGGCGUGGUGAAUUUCCAAGAAUACGUUUGCUCGAUCGCGAUGCUGAAGAGGCUCUCCUCGCAUAUGUCGGGACGCAUAUAUGUGAAAGUGGAAUAGGUUCCCUGCCGAUCUCGAGGCAGACCAUGCCUGUGAGAGAGGCCAUUCUUACCUACAUCAUGAAGGCUGUUCCUACGGAUCAUGAGGUCGCAGCCGUGGAGCGCGAGGAUCCAACGGGCAUUUGGGGGGAGAGUACCCGGGGUUCCCUCCUUUUGAUACGGGGCUUGCUUGCUGGGGGCGUCUUGGCCUUUUGCUUGGGUCACAAGCGAUGGCGGGUGGACUAUGGGCCUGAUUCGAAUCGAGAUCCGCCGACAAGGCUUUCGGUACCGUACCGGGCCAAAGACAGCCCUUCUCUUCGCUCGGAAUUCAGUCACCCGGACGUCGUCAUCCUGUUGACGUGCCUGAACUACUACUAUUCUGGGCUCCAGGAUGAUGAUAUAUUCCUUGCAUUCGCUCACCUGGUCAAUUCAGAUCAGGCUGAUGCGGAGUAUCAGAUUUGGGUGAACGAUGCACCGAUGCUUUCACCUGCUUACCACCAGUUGGUGGGCGUGAACUUGGACGAUCGACAUCAUUGUGCUGAGCACAUAUUUCCUGCCCUUCGCUUUGCAAAAGCCGCGGUGGACUACUUUUUGUCGCACAUUGUUUUCCCGAAAGAGAUGAAAGAAUUUCCCGACAAGCUAUCCGCCUCUGGCUGGGAUAUUGGGGAAAUCAAGUCAAACCCCACUAUUGGAUUCAGCGGAACGAAUGACUCGCGACAAACUCUGCCACUGGGGGUCACUCAACUCGAUUUACCUGAACAAAACCACACGAAUGCUUUAGUACUGGAUUUUUUGUUACGACAAGAGAAUUCUGUGGCUUUCAUUCCCCAGCCAAGUGGCCCCAGAUCAGAUGCUCAUGUCCUGUUGGACUUAGUGCUGAACUUGCAUCCACCGGCUCAGGUUAUACUUGACGUGGGUGCACAGAUUUUGGAGCUCAGUAACCAUGACAUGGCAAAGGCCUGGUUGAGCCGGACUCCGGUAGAAGGGCCAAUCCAGGCUGUCGUGUUUGUGAACGACCAAGAUGAUAUCUGCGUCCUUGAUCGAAACGGUCGAGUGGAAUCCCUCCAAAUCUCUCCCUUUGCACGGCAAAUGGGAGCAUGUUUGGUGUUCCUGGACGAGGCCCACACCAGAGGAAUCGAUCUCAAGCUUCCGGUCCACUACCGUGCGGCGGUCACAUUGGGCCCGGGCAUCACAAAGGAUAAGUUGGUUCAAGCGUGCAUGAGAAUGCGACAGUUAGGCAACGGACAGUCCGUCGUCUUUUGCAUCCCAAAUGAGGUCGACCGUAGUAUCCGGGUCUUGCGUGGCAAGCAUGAAGGAUCGCCCAUCAGUGUUUCAGAUGUCCUUAUCUGGUCCAUUUCUGAAACUUGGGCGAACAUGAGGCGCAGUGUUCCUCUUUGGGCUGUUCAGGGUACUCGUUUUGAGCGCCAACAAGAACUAUGGCGAUCUCCUCAUCACAGGGACGCCGCCGAAAUGACGUCGAUCCAAGCACAAAGGUUCCUUGAUCCCGAAUGCCAGACUAUAGAGCAACGAUAUCGACCUGGUCAUCAAGAGAGGUUGCCAUCCCACUCCCCUCACGAUACAAAUCUGAAUUUGAAUUUGAUAUGGGAGCGCUGUCAAAAGUUCGAAUGUCUCGAUACUGGAUCAUCCACCCUACAAGAAGAACAGGAGCGCGAGCUCGCUCCAGAGAUUGAAAUCGAGCGUCAGGUCCAGAGACCUCCACCAGCGUCACCCGAAGCACACCGAAUCCAUCCACAUAUAUCUUCUUUCAUAGCCACGGGCGUGCUUUCAAGACCUUCCGAAGCCUAUCAGCCGGCAUUUUACUCACUACGGAGAACCUCCGCGGCCUCCUUUCUUGACCUCUCUCAAUUUCCCUCCAGUCUUCUGGCCACGAGGGACUUUUCCACGACUAUCAAAAUCCCGGUUGGGUCAACGUUUGUUGCCGACGCGUUCCAACGACCUGUCAGGUGGAUUCUGAGAAGUAAUCAUCGUGUCUCUCGGGAUAGAACGAUUGCGAUGCAAAUGAUGAUCAUCAGUCCCUAUGAAGCCAAUUUUUUGAUGCCCGAGAUACGGAAAUCAGAUCAUGUUUCGCUUCAUCUCUAUGCACCACGCCAAAAUCAAAGCUUUCUUCCAUUGGAUAGACUCACGUUAUACACUGUCCCUCAAAACGCUGACGAGAUCGAAGCUCCUGAUUUACUUCGCAUCCAGCUCAACCUCUUCUCUGGACAACUGUAUCUUGGUUCCCACUCCGAGUACAAGGACCUCUGUGAGUUUCUAGGGGUGGCAUAUUUCAAAACACCACCGGGGUUGGUGGUUGCCGCGGAUGGUUUCAUCCAAGGCGGCAAUCAAGGGCGGGGACAAGGUUUCAGUGAAAGCCCGAUCCAGUUCCUCAAAAUUUUGACGUCGCAGAUCAGAAAGGAUUGCCAGGAUAUUGGACGAACACAUAUCGGCCACAUUCUCAAUGGCCGAUUGUUGUUUCCAUCUGACUUCAUCGAAUCAGCGAGAUCGUCCGUCGAGGCCAAUUUUCACAAACUGACCAUUUAA